UAUAGAAUCCCCAAUUAAACUUCACCUCUCUCACCAAAUUCGAUCCAAUUCGCAGUCUCAAACUCCACUUUCUUGACUUUCCCAAUCCCAAUUGUCAAUUGAGAGUUGAAAUUUCACUCAUCCAUCCCUGUAUAUAUAAUUCUGUACAGUUUCAGUAUUUAGGUAAAAAAAAAAAUCCUCUCUUCUCCCUUGAAUUGCACAAUUUGAGCUGGGAUCAGAAGGUUUUGAUCGUGAAUUCGCUGUAAUUGCUCCGAUUACGGGACUCCGGUGUACCGGCGGCGCUCAAUUAGUCAAUUUUUGAAAACCCUAGAAAAUCAAAUUCAUGGCGGUUUCGACCAUUGCGCUCUACUCGAGCCCGCCGAGCAGCGUGUGCUCCGCCUCGCACCAGAUCAGCUCCCACGCGUCGUUCGAUUUGGAUGUCAACGCCCGGUCAACGUCGUCGGCGUCGGCGUCGCCGUCGCAGAAGCCGUUGAUUGGUGGCUUAUCGUGCCUGUUUUCGUCGCCGGCGAUCAAAUCCGCGGGGUAUUCGUCUGGAGCGGAGGAUUUGGGAUCUCUGUGGCAUGAUAGGGCCGAGGAAUUGGGGUCCUCGUACCGGUACUCGUCGGUGAGCUCGUCGAUGAAGCGAGAUCAGGCGCACCAGAGCCCCGUGUCGGUGCUUCAAGGCGUGAAUAACUCGAUCGGGCCGUGUUCUCGGAGCCCGCCGAUGAGGAUCAGCGCGGAUUUCAGCUCGAUUAGGUCGGGGAGUGCGGGGAUGUUCAAGGGAUUCGUGAGGCACGCGUUGGGAUCGUGUGUUGAUUACGAUUCUUCGCCUUUCGAUUUGGAUGUGAGAGACUUCAAUUUGUCGGCAGAUGAGCUUCCUUUCAAUAUGGAUGAGAAUUUCAUGGCGAUGGAUUUGCCGGUCUAUGCGAAGGACUUGCUCUCCGAUGCGCAGUCGAAGAAUGCGAUAUUUAGGGAUGAAUUUGUUGUGAAGGCUUUUUAUGAAGCAGAGAAGGCUCAUAGAGGCCAGAAACGGGCGAGUGGUCAUCCUUAUCUGCAGCAUUGCGUGGAAACCGCGGCUCUCUUGGCGGACAUAGGCGCCAGUUCAACAGUUGUUGCUGCGGGGCUUUUGCACGACGCAGUUGAUGAUUCUUUUCUCUCGUUCGAUCAUAUAUCGAAGUCCUUUGGGGCUGGAGUUGGUGAUUUAGUGGAGGGGGUAUCUAAGCUGAGCCAGCUGAGCAAGCUUGCACGGGAGAACAACACCGCCUGCAAAACUGACGAGGCAGACAGAUUGCAUACCAUGUUCCUUGCGAUGGCAGAUGCAAGGGCUGUUCUGAUAAAGCUUGCAGAUCGCUUGCACAAUAUGUUGACCUUGGAUGCAUUGCCGAUGAUCAAACAGCAAAGAUUUGCUAAGGAGACUCUGGAAAUAUUUGUUCCUCUUGCCAAUAGAUUAGGUAUCUCGACUUGGAAAGAGCAGCUAGAAAAUCUGUGUUUCACAUAUCUCUAUCCCGACCAUCACCAAGAGCUGUCCUCCAAGCUCCUGAAGUCCUUUGACGAGGCUGCCAUUACUUCUUCUUUGGAGAAGUUGGAGGAAGCACUGAAGGAUGCCGGGGUUUCUUACCACUGUGCGUCAGGGCGGCAUAAGAGCUUGUACAGCAUCUAUUCGAAAAUGUUGAAGAAGAAGCUGAAUAUGGAUGAAAUUCACGAUAUUCAUGGAUUGCGGUUAAUUGUUGAAUCUGAAGAAGACUGCUAUAAAGCUCUAAGGGUUGUCCAGGAGCUAUGGCAUGAAGUGCCCGGAAGGUUCAAAGACUACAUUGUUCGUCCCAAGUGCAACGGGUACCAAUCUCUGCAUACAGUAGUCACGGGCAACGAUAUGGUGCCCCUUGAAGUUCAGAUUCGGACAAAAGAGAUGCAUUUGCAAGCUGAGUACGGGUUAGCUGCUCAUUGGAGAUACAAAGAAGGAGAUUCCCAAUACUCCUCCUUCGUACUUCAGAUGGUUGAAUGGGCUCGUUGGGUGAUGACGUGGCAGUGUGAGGCAAUAAGCAGAGACAAGUCCUCCGUUGGUUUUGUCGACUCCAUGAAGCCACCUUGCACCUUCCCUAACCAUUCCGAAGGUUGCACCUUUUCGUGCAAACCCCAUUGUGGCAGUGAUGGUCCCAUCUUCGUUAUCAUGAUUGAAAACGACAAGAUGUCUGUUCAAGAGUUUCCAGCAAACUCAUCGGUAAUGGAUCUGUUGGAGGCAGCUGGUCGAGGCAGUUCUAGGUGGACGUCGUUCAGAUUCCCUGUCAAGGAGGAGCUGAGGCCGCGACUGAACCACAAGCCCGUCAGCGACCCUACCUGCAAGCUGAAAAUGGGCGAUGUCGUGGAACUAACCAUGGCCAUACCGGACAAGUCGCUGACGGAGUACCGGGAAGAAAUCCAGCGGAUGUACAAUAGAGGCGCGACGCCCUUGGCCGCCGGCUCCAUGGCUAGCUUCCAAAGCUGACCAGUCUAUACCUGGCUCAAUUCAUUCUUUAAUAGUCUUACAUUUUAUAACAUAAAAAAAAAAUUAGGCAUUCUUGUAUAUAAGCAUUUGUAAAGAACUGUUCAUGUUGUGUUGUUAUGAAUGGAAUUAUUUAUCCAA